UGGGUCCUGAUGAGGAGAGAGAGAGCGAGAGUACAGACAGACAGACAGGGAGAUAAGGCAUAAGGAUGUGCAUUUUUACAGUCCUAUAACAUCGAACUGUCUCAAAGCGCUUCUCGGUUACUGCAAAAUGUACUUUUGGAGGCACCUGACCAAGUUGUGGUCGGUCAAAGUGUAUUGAUCCCUGGAGGAGCUGAUCGAUUGCUGGUGGGGCUGCUCGGAGAGAGAUACCUCCGUUGGCUGUGUUUCCCCUCCGCCCGUCAAUGGUUUCGCGAUGAGCUCUUCAGGGGAGAUUGCGGCUGAGGGCGAGGGCAAGCUGGAAGCCGUGAUCCAGACGCUAGAGGAGACGGUGAGGAGUGCGGGCAGCCAGGGGGGCUUCAGGAUUCGUGGUGACGCUGAGGAUUCGACACCGACCUGUCUCUCCGCCAAAAUCCGAGAAAUCGUCACCAGGAACUUAACAGAGGAUCAAAGCACAGCCUCGUCUCCGAAUAUGACGUCCGUGCUGCCACUUCAGGAAGAGAAUCGGAUCCUGCAGCAGGAGCUCUCUCGGGUCGAGGACCUUCUGGCUCAAAGCCGAGCCGAGAGAGAUGAGCUCGCCAUUAAAUACAACGCCAUCAGUGAGCGGCUGGAACAGGCGCUGAGGCUGGAGACGGGAGAGAGGGAGCGAGAAUGUCUGGAGAACAAGAGCCUGGGCCAGCAGAACGUGGAGCUGAGGCGGAGGCUGGAGGAGGAGCAGUCGUCGUACAAGCGCAAACUCCAGGCCUAUCAGGAGGGCCAGCAGCGCCAGGCGCAGCUCGUGCAGAAGCUUCAAGCCAAGGUUAUUCAGUACAAAAAGAAAUGUGGAGAGGUGGAGCAGCAGCUGAUAGAGAAGGCCACGGAGCUGGAGGAGCACCGGCUGUCGAGCUCACUGGACCUCACUGACUCCCGAGACCGGCACUUGGACCAAGAACAAAGCAACGACCUGGAGAAUGCCCUCAUCCGGCUGGAAGAGGAACAACAGAGGAGUACGGGGCUGGCCCAGGUGAACGCGAUGCUGAGAGAGCAACUGGACCAGGCCAACUCCGCCAACCAGGCGCUGAGCGAGGAUAUCCGCAAGCUCUCCACCGACUGGACCAAAGCCAGGGAUGAGCUGGAGCAGAAGGAGGUGGAAUGGCGGCGAGAGGAGGAGUCCUUCAACACAUACUUCAGCCACGAACACAGUCGGCUGCUGAGCCUUUGGAGGCAAGUGGUGGGAUUCCGACGGCAAUUCUGUGAGAUGAAGACGGCCAGUGAGCGGGACCUAUCGGUGAUGCGCAGUGAUCUGGCCAAGUCGUCGCGCACCAUCCACGCUUCGUUGGUGACGCUGGGCUCUCACCUGCGGGUGACGGAGAGCAGCUCAGUGAUGUCGCUGGGGCAGCAGGCAGCCGAGCGGGAGCGGCUGGAGGAGCAGCUUCGGCACCAGGUGCGGGACAUGCUGCGGCUUCAGGCCCAGGCUGACCGCGAGAAGGCAGAGCACGCCGCCAGGAUUGUGGAGGUGACGGGGGAGAUGGAGCGGCUGAGAGCUCAGCACAGGGAGAAGGAGCAGGCGGUGGCCAACCUGACCCAGACCCUGGAGUCUAGCCGUGCAGAGGGACAGGACCGGCCGGAGAUGGAGACACUGAUAGCGGAGCUGGAAUCCAUGCAGCAAGCACUGAGAGAGAUCACACAGGUUGUGCUGUGGGACGCUAACAGCGAGGGGCAGCUCACGUCCCCGGAGCAGACGGGGGAGGGGGACUGCUCCGUGUUCAGCUGCGGGGGGCUCUCGGCCAGCUUGCGGCCGCCGUCACCACGACGCCGGAUAUCCCCGCGACGCAGCCGGUCUCCGGGCCGUGCUCUGUCUCCCGGCGUCACCGACUCCAUGCGCUCGGCCGUGCAGGGCGCUGUGCAGAGCCGGCAGCUACUCAUCCAGGAUCUCCGAGCCAAGUACGGAGCAAGCCAGGAGCUGUUGGCCGCGAUCAAGAAGCGGCUGGUGGAGAGCGAGAGCGAGCGACACGCGCUGGAGAGACGCCUCCAGCAGCUGAAGGAGGAGUUCGGCCGCUCGGCCCGAGCCGAGCAGGACGCCAAGCGCAGCGCCAGCCGCCUCCAGGCCUCCGCGGACUUGAUGAGCGGUGAACGGCUGACCCUGGAGAAGCUGACGGAAUCGCAGCAGCAGCAACUGGAGACGUUGCAGCAGGAGAUCGAGAAGGUCCGAGGGGCCAAUAGCGACCUGCAGCGACAGAGCCACAAGCUGGCAGCCGAGAGAGAGGACACGGCCAAGGACAAGGAGCGAGCACAGCGAGAAGUGGAGCGGGGCCACAAGGUCACCAAGCAGCUGGAGACCAAGAACUCGAGCCUGAAGAAGGAGCUGGUGUUGACGAAGGAGGCGCUGAGCAAAGCCUGGCUGGACAAGGAAGUGCUGGAGACCGAGAGAGCUGGUAUACAGGAGGCUCUGUGCAAGGCGGAGAGCGGGAAUGCGGAGAUGGAGCUGAUGCUGAACAAACUGAGGACGGAGGAAGCGUCACUGAGGGACACCCUGACCAAGCUGAGCGCCUUCAAUGAGGGUCUGGCUCAGGACAAGGCCCAACUCAAUAAGAUCAUCCUGCAGCUGGAGGAGGAGCACGGGGGUCUGCUGGGGCAGAAGAAGGUGGAGCUGGAGAAGAGCUCGAUCCGCGACGAGUUGGUGCGUCUGGAGCAGGAGAAGCUGGACCUGGGGGCGGAGCGAGACGGGCUGGAGCGAUCGCUGCACGGCUCCGAGACCAGCCGCGACAGGCUGGAGCAGGAGCUCCUGACCAGCCAGCGGGACAAGGCAGAGCUUCAGGAACAGCUGGGCCAGGCCACGAGACACAAGAACAGUCUGACCGAGGAGCUGAGCGCCUGCCGGCUCGAGGCUGGCCGGCACGGUGAUUCCCUGCUCAGGGCCGGCAAAGAGAAGGAGGAGCUGGCCAAGGAGAAGGCGGGUCUCGAGGUGCAGCUGACGGCGGCCGAGCGGGCCAGCCGGACCCUGGGAGAGGAGAGCGCGAGGCUCAGGUCGGAGAGGGAAGCCCUGGAGACCAGCCUGUUUGACACCCAGCAGUUGAUCACUCAGCUGGAGACACGGAAGGAGCAGCUAGAGGCAGAGAACCAGACACUGCUUCUGGCCAGAGAGACGCUGCAGGCCGAGGUUUCCCGGGCUCAGAGGGAGCUGGAGACCGGGCUGGGCCGGGCGGAGCGGGACAGGGAGCAGCUGACACAGAGGCUGUCGCAGGCGGAGCGUGAGGCUCAGGUGUCGCUGAGGAACGAACAGGCAGCGCACGAGGAGGACGUGGAUCGCCUGCAGCGGGAGAAGGAGAGCUUGCGGAUGGGGCUGGAGGACGAGAGGGCAGAACUGCUACACCAGCUGACGCAGGAGCGGGAGGAGCUGCUCGCUCGCUCCGAGGCCGAGAAGGAAGAGCUGAGCGAGGCCAUCGCCUGCCUCCAGCAGGAGCGCGACCACAGCCUGCUGCUGGCCGAGAACCAGAAACAGCAGGCUCUGUCACUAAAGGAAUCCGAGAAGGCGAUCCUGGGGGAGAAGCUGGCGAACGCUCAGCGGGAGAUGGUCAAUAUGUCCAUGGAAACCGAGCAGCUGCGGCGCGACACCGCCACCAAACACGAGCAGGACAGAAACCAAAUUAACGAGUUGGCGUCAGAGCUGAAGAAUUUCCGAGCUGAGUUCGAGGAGAGCGUCGCCACCCACGAGCGGGAAGUGAAGAGCCAGAACGAGCAGCUCCGCGACCUGACCAAACAGCGGGAAGGGGCGCUCCGAGAGGUGGAGGAGCUGAAGGUCGGGCUGCGGGUGGCGGAGGACGACCGUGACGCUGUCCGUAGGGACCUGAUCGAGGCUCAUCGCGAGGUCCGGGAGAACCAGGAGGCCCAGGAGCUGCAGCGGAAGGAGAUGCUGGAGCUGAAACGGAUGCUGAGCGACGAGGUGAAGGAGAAGGAAGAGGUUCAGAAAUCCAACGAGGAGCUCAGAGCCGGUAUCAAGAGAGUCGAGGGCGAAAGAAUCAGCCUGAAGCGAGCGAGCGAGGAGAAGGAGCAGCGGCUGAGUGUGCUGGAGGAGGCCAGGUCGGCCAGUGAGAAGGAGUCGUCUGACCUGAGGGCGAGUCUGCGCGAGGUCGAGAAAUCCCGACUGGACGCCCGCCGUGAGCUGCAAGACCUGCGACGCCAGGUGAAGACGCUGGAUGAUGAGAACAGGAAGAAGAGUAAGGAGGUGGCUGGGCUGCAGACUCGUGUGGAGCUGAAUGAGCAGAGAGAGGAGGAAGGUCGGCGCGAGGCGUUCGGACUCAAACAGAGAGUAAUGGAGACGGAAGCCGAAAGGGAGGCCACUCGGAAAGAGUUGGUGAGCCUCCGGCGGAAGCUGACGGAGAUGGAGGGCGGAUGGCGAUUGCAAGAGAAGGAGCUGUUGGGCGGCCUGGAGGAGGCUCACGGCAACGAAAAGAAGCUGCUGGACAACACCCGCAACCUGGAGCUGAAGCUGGAGAGCGCCCGGCUGGAGACCCAGGCCCUGGGCCUGAGUCUGAGCGCUGCCGAGGGCCGGCUGGACGGGCUGGAGGCCGAGCUGGCCCGAGUGGAGGGGCUGAAGCGAGACACGGAGUUCAAGCUGGGCAGCCUGCACUCCGCGCUGCGACGCACCCUGGGUAUCAGCCGAGCCGGACGUACACCCAGCCCAGCCGGGCGUGGCCGCAGCAUCUCCCCCCAGCUCCCCCGGUCCCCGGCUAAAGGCUUGGACACCAGCUUCGCCACUGGGACCGAAGGCCAGGGUAGCCCGAUCCCAGCGACGGCAACACCGGAGGGUGGGCUGGGGUCACGCACCGCCUCGCCUGACCGCGCCUUCUCCCCGUCCCGCAGCGAGCAGGGCGUGGCCGACAUUGACCCGGAGGUGGUUCGAUUAGCGCUCCGCAACUUCCUUCAGGAACUGAGAGAUGCUCAGAGAGCGCGGGAUGAAACCCGCGUUCAGGUCACCAACCUGUGCCGACGACUGGGCGAGGUGGAGGGCGAGAGGGACAGCGCCAACAGCCGGCUGGAGCAGCUCCAGAAGUCACUGGCUGAGUGUGAGGAGGGCAAGCGGGACGUUGGUGGGCGGCUCAGCGGGGCUCAGACGUCGCUAAUGCUGCAGGAGGAGACGAUGCGCCGGGGGGAGAGAGAGCGCAAGACCCUGCUGGACAAGGUGGCCGCCCUGGAGAGAGGCCUGCAGUCGGCCGAAGGCGACAAGAGGACGAUGCAGGACAAGAUAAACAAGAUGAAAGUGAACGAGGCCAAGCUGGAGACGGACAAGCGGAGACUGCGGGAGAGCCUGGAGGCCGCUGACACGCGGGGCACCAAGCUGGAGCUGUCCCGGCGCUCGCUGGAGGGGGAGCUACAGCGCGCCAGGCUGGCGCUGGGAGACCGCGAGGUGGAGAUCCAGGCGCUGCGGGAACGCGCCGAGACCCUGCAGAGGCAAGUGGCCGACGGUCAGACUCGAGCCAACAGCCUGCAGCUCAGCACGGACCGGCUGAGCGACUCGCUGGCCAAGGCCGAGGAGGAGGAGAGCCAGCUGAAGGACAAGGUGCAGAACCUGUCGGUGACGCUGUCCAGCCGGAACGCCAGCUGCUCCACCCUCCAGGACAAGCUGCUCCAGCUGCAGAAGGCGCUGACCUCCAGCGAGCACGACCGCCGCAUCCUUCAGGAGCGGCUGGAUGUGGCCCGCCAGGCCGUCGUCGAGGCCAAGAAGCAGAGCUCGGGGCUGGCCGAGCGGCUCCAGGGAUUGCAGAACGAGCAGCAGGACCUGGAGCUGCACCGAGCCGAGGCCCAGGGGCAACUGAGGAAACACCAGGAGAUGUUACGCCAGCGACAGGAAGGAGACGAGUUCGCGCUCCGCAACAUUCAGAAGCUGCAGGAAGAGAAGGCGGGGGCACAGGAGCGCAUGGCUGCCCUGCAGCGAGCCGUCGCACAGCUGGAGAACGAGAAGCGGGAAGCAGAGCGCUCGGCCGUGCGCCUGGAGAAGGACAAAAAUGCUUUGAAGAAGACGCUGGACAGAGUGGAGCGCGAGAAGCUGAGAUCUGAGGAGGAUUCGAUGCGUCUGUCCGCGGAGAAAGCCCGCCUGGACCGUUCCCUCACCACAGUGGAGCAGGAGCUGGUGGAGGCCCAGAGGCAGACACAGCAGCUGCAGGCACAGAUGGCGGAGCUGGAGCAGAGUCAGGAGCAGAGCCUGAUUGAGGCGACCGCCCGCCAUCGCCAGCAGCUGCUGUUGGAGACGGAGAGGCUUCGGUCCGGUCAGUCACAGACGGAGCGCACGCUGGAGGCCCGUGAGAAGGCUCAUCGUCAGCGAGUGAAGGGACUGGAGGAGCAGGUAUCUACGUUGAAGGAUCAGCUGCAGCAGGAGCUGCGGAGACACCAGCCUCAGUACAACCGUUCCGUCAUUUCGGGGAACUAGUCCGGGUGACGGCAGGACAUUGAAGAUCGGCCUGUGCGGUGUGGCCUUCCUCAGCACCCAUCAACUGCUACGUGUAUCUGAUCCCAUCCGACAAUGCAGCUCCCGAGCCUGGGGUCUGGAUGCAGCCGGCGGAACGGGCCAAACACUAACCUUCUCCGUCCUACUGCAUCCCUCAGGUGUGGGCUGUCUCCCAGACUUUCCUCCUUUGCAAGUCUUUUGUCCCUUUCGCACAUUGCCGGCACUUUAUACCUUGGGGGAUGGCAGUGGGGAGGGGAGAGAUUUGCUGAGUUGCUGAAAGAGUCCCAACUUUUCCCCGAAUUAUUGCAGCCGAACCAGGCUUCAGAUUAACGAUCUCGGUCCUCGCUUUGGUUCCCCUCGUUUCUGAGAUUCCUUGUAUUCGUCAGCAGCAAAAAUAAGCGGAGUUUCAGAAGUUGUCCCUUUAGAUGUCACGUUGUCAGCUUUGCAGCCCCCCAAAAUAUAUUAGAUGAAAUAGGUUAGAGAGCUCCCUCCUCCCCCCCCACCUCCACACCCAAGUGCAGGUGUGAGAAGGUUAGAUAGAGUCUCACCCUUCACCUUGCUGGAGUGUUGGUUCUUUCUGGGUACCCCUUGCUGUUUCUCCCCUGCUGUGGUAGUGGUGUGGUGGGGGGAAGCCAAUGGGGACCGUUGAAAGAAUCGCCACAUUUCAGCUGGUGGUUAAUACACAAACACCUUUCCAGUAUCUCGAUUGCACGCGUUGUGUGUGUGUGUGUGUGUGACAGUGAUUGUGUGCUGUGUGACACAUGGGAAGGCCGCUAUAUCAAUGCAAGUUGUUGUUGAUUAUGCGCGUGUGUGACAGUGAUUGCACACUGUGGUACAUGGCAGUGAUUGCACGUGAACCACAGUGACCGACGCAGGUGAUGCCGCACAAUACUGGAAAGGGCCAUGUUUUUUCGAGCCGGCGGAUCCUUUGGUCUUUAACAAGCAAGCAAGUUUGAGGAGGACAUUAAUGCUUUUAACAGCAGCAGUGAGCAUCCCUGGGAAAGUUGUUGUGCAAAACAAAAGUAAUGAUAAUGAGUUAUUGGCGGGGGUGGAAAAUCCCAUCUGUUAAAGCUGUGGAUACCAGGAGCCUGGACAGUCCUGUAAACAAGAAAUAAUGAAUCAUCUCCCAGCGCUAAUUAAGCAGAGCAGAAACUGAGCUUUCUUGCUAGGACUGUUGUUUGUUUGUGCCAUUCUUUUUGUACUUUGCUGCUCGUGAAUCACUUGUCGGAGCCAAGCCACCCGGCUGGAGAGAUUUGGCAGUGUCCAGUGAAUCCAAGGCUCAUGGCUUUCUAUAGUAUCAGGAGACGGCUGGCAACAGGGAGACUCACUCCACCCGGGUCUGGACUGACGUUAUUUCCUUAGGGUUUCGGAGAGUGUGCAAAAUUAAGUCUCAACUCCGAAGCCACCCCUCUCCCGCCCCAACAGUCCUUACAGAAACAAAACAGCUCGAAAAUUAAGACUGCGGUUGGUUCAACAAUUUGCCAAAUUCUGUACACUCCGAAAUGGUAGUAAAGUAACCCUAGACCCAGGUAGAAUUUCCCAAUCUUAAUUCAACGUGUCGUGAUAACAGCCCGGUUGAUGAGACCAAACAAACAGUCACCGUGGGCGGUGUUUAGGCAGCUAAUUAGUCUUUUGACAACUUUUACCGUGUACAAUGAUUAUUUUUUAUAUAUAUAACAUCAAAAACGUAGGCCAGGUUACAUCAACCUUCCCUUGGAGGCCUCCUGCUUGAAGUAACAGCUUUUAAGUUGUGUCAGGAUUGUGAUUGUGUACGAAUGUGUGCGUAAGAUAUGUGCACAAGCUUUAAUGUGUCUCCUGCUCAGCAACUCACCCCACCCAGCAAUCAUUUUGUGUUUCAGAAAUAGCUGAAGUCUUAAUUUUUUUUAAAUAAGUCUUUUAAUCAUAGUAAAGAAGAAAUCAAACUGGGCUUAAAAGUAACCACUUUGUUUCUGAGUGUGCGCGUGUGUGUUUUAUGAUGUUUGGUUCCAGCUGUUCUUUUUCAUAGAGCCCAGUGGAUCCUCGUCCAGUUGCCCAGAUCACUCCAAAAGUUUUUUUUUUGUCAUUUUGUACGUUUGUGGCGCUUUUCCCCUGGGCCUUGGCAGGUGCUAUGUGGAUUUAACUGUCCUAGAUCCGCGCAGGCGGGUGGACUCUGACGAGUUGUUCCGGAGCAUCACAGGACUGCUGUUCUGGCACCUCAUGUGCAGCCGUUCUGGAUUCACGCAGGGUUUUUCUACCGAGUUGUUCUCGAGACCUCCCCCCCCCACCCAUGGGGAUUAAUCGCCGUUCUGAAAGUGCGGGCGAAACUCACCAACAAUAGCAAUACCUGCCAGCAUCGCAACAGCAACAGUGACGAGCCUGGAGACUUGGAAACCGUUAUCUUGUGUGAUAUUGAUUUAUCAGCUGUUUGGGAGGGGAGGGGUAGAGGGAGGUAAUGCGGGAACCCUCAAAUGCGUGGCAGCUACAGGUGUGAAGUCCUUCCGCCCCCGAGCAGUCACCUCUCCCCUUUAUCGUCCUGUUCUAUGUCCAAUGUUGCAAAACCCAUUCUGGCCUCAUUUUUGUAUUUGUUUCCUCGAGCGUUUGCCGUGUCUGAGCCGUGUGAUAUAUUUGCAAUAAUCCGUGUGGCAGAUGUGAUUCCAAUAGAUAUUUUUGUAGGUGUAUCAAUGUGUUUUAAAAAAGAAAACUCUUACUUCUCUUUGCAAUUUCCUGCAUUUUCACCUGUUACGUGCAACAGCUCAGUAUUAUUUUUCUACUGAAGUUUAUGUUAUUAACCACUGAGAGAGCAACGGCAUUGGGCAGCAGGUACUUCACGGUGUGUGAUACGAAGUGUUUUGUGGUACAGAGAGAAUAAAGGAUCAAAAGAAAGCGGA